GAUACGAGCGCAACACACUGCAGCCGAAGGAAACGCGCUGUGACUCUUCCAGGAACAAGGUGCGGACUAUAUCUUCCUUCCAAUUUCGCGUUCCCCGCUACCCCACCACGAGCCCAAACGCGACUAUAUUCCCAAAACGCACCUUCCAAACGGGAGGCUACAGCUACGCACAUACAGCCACUGGUGGAAGGAGCGUUCCCUGGACAGGAUCCAUAAUUGACUUUGGACAACCACAGAUCCUGCGACGCGAACCGCAAUCUACUCACCAUGGCUGAAGCAUCUGCCGCCGCCGGGAAGAUGAAGGACCUUUCCAUCUCCGAGGUCAAGAAGAACAAGAAGGAUGGUGCCCCCAAGGCUGCGAAGAAGCCCCAGCAGCAGAAGAAGAAGAUUGAGGGUGCUGCACUGAUUGGCAUCGACGUCGCAAAGGAGGACAACCUUGCAGACUGGUAUACCCAAGUCAUCACCAAGGGUCAGAUGAUUUCGUACUACGACGUCGCUGGUUGCUACAUCUUGGAGCCUGGAAGUUAUGCUAUCUGGGAGAACAUCAAGGCCUGGUUUGAUGCCAAGAUCAAGACCCUCAAAGUCCGAAAUGCCUACUUCCCCAUCUUCAUCAGCUCCGACAACCUCGAGCGUGAAAAGGAGCAUCUCGAAGGUUUCGCUGCUGAGGUAGCAUGGGUGACCAAGGGCGGCAAGUCUGACCUCGAGAAGCCCGUUGCCGUCCGCCCUACCAGUGAAACGGCCAUGUACCCCCACUUUGCCCGCAAGAUCCAGUCCCACCGAGAUCUUCCUCUCAAGCUGAACCAGUGGAACAACGUUGUUCGAUGGGAAUUCAAGCACCCCAUGCCCUUCAUUCGAUCAAGAGAGUUCCUCUGGCAGGAGGGCCAUACCGCGCAUUUGACCCAAGAACAAGCCACCGAGGAGGUUCUUCAGAUUCUGGAUUGGUACGCCGAUGUGUACCAAGAGCUUCUCGCUGUUCCCGUAGUCAAGGGUACCAAGACAGUGAACGAGAAGUUCCCUGGCGCCGACUUCACCACCACUAUUGAGGGUUUUAUACCCGCUACCGGUAGAGGUAUUCAGGCAGCCACAUCCCACGCUCUUGGCCAGCACUUCUCCAAAAUGUUCAACAUUACCGUGGAGGAUCCUACAGCCAAGGAGGCCGGCAAAUCGGAGCACGUCCACGUGUGGCAGAACUCCUGGGGUCUGACCACCCGGUCCAUCGGUGUCAUGAUCCUCACACACGGUGACAACCGCGGAUUGGUGAUCCCUCCUCGUGUCGCUGAGAUCCAGGUCGUCAUCAUUCCCGCCGGUGUGACCGCUAAGACUACCCCCGAGGCAAAGGAGGACCUGUACAACAAGGUCGACAAGAUCAAGAGCGACCUGGAGUCCGUCGGCGUGCGCGUGGAAACCGAUCUUCGGGAAGGCUACUCCCCCGGGUUCAAGUUCAACGAUUGGGAGAUGAAGGGCAUCCCACUGCGCAUCGAGUUUGGUCCCAAAGACGCCGAAAAGGGGCAGGUCACGACCUCGCGCCGCGACAUCGACGACAAGACGGCCGCGCGUGGUGAAACCAAGAUCGACGACCUCAAAACCGCGAUCCCCGAGCUCCUCGAGCAGAUCCAGAAGGACAUGCUCGCCAAAGCGACAAAGGCGUACGACGAGCACCGCGUCCAGCUCACCAACUGGGACGACUUUGUGCCUACGCUCAACGGGAAGAACGUUAUUCUGGUGCCCCACUGCGAAGGUGACAAGUGCGAGGACGAGGUCAAGGCGAAGAGCGCGAGGACCGCGCUGGGUGACGGCGUGACCGAGGACAAGCAGGCUCCCGCCAUGGGCGCGAAGAGCUUGUGCAUUCCGUUCGAUCAGCCUGAGGGCAUCAAGGAGGGCGAGACGAAGUGCAUUAACCCGGACUGCAAGAAUUUCGCUAAGAAGUGGGUGCUAUUCGGUCGCAGCUACUAGAGAAGCAUUGCGUGAGCAGAAUGUGCAUUGUACGGUGUGGGUGGAGUUUGUAGGAAUUGUUUCACGGCGUCCAUGUGCAGGAUGAAAGAUGACGGUUGGCCAGCCCUGAUAGGCACAACAGGAAACUGAGAAGACAUGACAAACACUCGUACUUGGAUCAUGAUUGCAGCGAAGCCUAGACGCCCAAUUGCUUUCUGA